GCGUUUGCUGGAGCUGAUUCAUUGCUAAGAUCGACACAUCCAUUUCUAUUGAAAACCAAAGCCGAGAAUCCCAAAUUUGCCCAAGAUCCAUUUGUCUGCACAGCGCUAAACAGCGCGGUCGUGAACCAGUAAACGUCACUAGCCCGUGGAUACGUCAGUGGCCAACAGUCAGACACAGCGCACAAUCAGAUCUUGAGGCACCUCCAGCUUAAGCGCAGCCCCCCGCCCCCACUGACGCUCACCAAUUCGCCCCCGUUACACCAGCUGCAGUGCGUCAGGUAGCUGCGCCCUCCACUCCAUCCAUUCACUCACCUCUGGUUCUAGUACUUUAUUAGCCCAGCUAAUUCAUCUAACGAACGAAACGUCCUGGAGCAACCUUGCCAACUCUUCAUCAACUACGACACGACUUUCUGUAGACUCGCUGGGUUGUAUUAAAUCCUUAACUUGAUCCGCUUGCCUUGCAGGACGUCCCUCUCUGUCCUCUGAACACUUUCAAGUUCAACUUUCCAGUGUUGCAAUAGUCUUUCCACAUUCAGCGCCAGGUCCGUCUUGCGCCGACGAAUUAAACACGCCAAGCUGGUCUCGACCAGCACCCCACCCUCUACCCUUACUACGACGGUAUACUUCCACAGCUACCCGCAACGCUCGCGUGUAGCGAUUCUGCAAAGUCCUACUCCGACGACGAUAGAACCGAUACCAAGCUUCAGCCUUCAACAGCAUCAACAGUGCUGACAUCACCUCUCUGCGCAACGCCACCUAGUAUUCUCUUGUCCCUAACACAAGCUGGCGAGCAACAAGCGUCGCAGUCUCUCCUCAACUGGAGGAAGUCUGCUGAAUAGAAUGUUUGGCGGCAGUUCAAACAACUCAGCGGGCAACAAAUCCGAGAGCGAUUCAAAAUCCGAUAAAUCCCCUUCUCCCGAACCUGGCCCAGGCCCCAGCGCUCCGGCUCCAAUUAAGACAACUGAUCAGGCUGCAAGCGGUGAGAAGCGCAGUGGAAAUGGCAGCCCCCCUACUCGACAAGAUACCGGUGGAUCGACCGACAAGAAACGCAGAAGUAGCAGCGUUAGUAGUCGGGCCAGCAGUCUUCUGGCCUCUGCCAAAAACUCGCUCAACUUCUCCCAGAGUAGUCGCAGUGGGGGCUCUGAAGUAAGCUCCCAGACACCUCUCCAGAAGCUUGGCAAACAGGAUCCUGCUCUUGCAGUCCCCCAGGGUCAACAUAAUAACUCUGCCGGGGAAUCCAUGCCGGGUCCCAAGUCUACGUUCCGCGUUGGUGUUUGGGAAGAUAGGAACAAGAAAUGCCGUCGUACUAUGGAAGACACUCAUGCUUUUCUUUAUAAUUUUGUGCAGACUCCAGCCUUAAACGAUGUGUCUUUAAAGGACAAGCCUGAAGGCGAGGAUCGGGAAUCUGUUUCCUCCGACAUGGUUGAGUCAGACAAUGGUUACUUUGCUAUUUUUGACGGACAUGCUGGUACAUUUGCAGCCGACUGGUGUGGCAAAAAGCUGCACCUUAUUCUGGAGGAUAUCAUACGCAAAAACCCCAAUGCUCUGAUUCCUGAAGUGUUAGACCAGGCCUUUACAGCCGCUGAUGCACAGUUGGAAAAGCUGCCCCUAAAGAACAGCGGUUGCACUGCAGCUGUCGCAGUCUUACGCUGGGAGGAUAGAGCGUCGAAUGAUCGAUCAGCCAUCAAGUCCGCUAGGCCGGAAGAGCCUGUUGAGAUGGACAAGGCAAAAGAUGGAGCUUCGAAUGAGGAGGCAACCAAAGCUACAAAUUCAAAAGGAAAGGGCAGUGGACGACAAAGGGUACUGUACACCGCAAAUGUUGGUGAUGCCCGUAUAAUUCUUUGCCGAGGUGGAAAGGCUCUGAGACUCUCUUACGACCACAAGGGCAGUGAUGAAGUCGAGGGUAAAAGAAUCGCCGCGGCCGGAGGCUUGAUUCUGAAUAACCGCGUCAACGGUGUUCUGGCUGUAACCCGGGCUCUUGGUGAUGCCUACAUGAAGAAGCUUGUCACGGGUCACCCUUAUACCACCGAGACAGUCAUUCAGGCUGAUAGUGACGAGUUCAUUAUCAUUGCUUGCGACGGAAUUUGGGACGUAUGUAGUGGAACAGGAAGCGUUGAUCCUCGGGCGCAUGGUUUGAGAAUCCCGUAUCGGCCCUCAAAAGCAGCUUGGUGAAUUAUGCACUAAAACCGCUUCAGCACUUGAACAAUCUUGUCUUAGCAUGGUCGUCCGACUGGACCAGAACAAGGAGGCUGCAGUUGAGGUGGAAGGUGCAGCGUCCCAGGUCAGUGAGGCAGACAAGAUUGUCAGCGAGACUAAACAAAAGAUUGCAGACGGUAGCACGCCCGCCGUCGGUGUAUCAGCGACUAGCAACGCGCCCCAAUCCGAGCCCCCUAUAGCUGUUCAGGAAGGGAAUUUUGUGCCAACUUCACUGGAUGAAGUGGUUACGGAGGAGCCUCCCCAUGUUGCAGAUCCAAAAUCGGAUGAGGUUCCUAUAUUGAAUAAGGCCGCUGUUGAAGAGGCCCGCAAGGAUAAGCCAGCCGCAGACAAGCCGGCGGAAGAGAAGCCCGCUGGACAGGCAUAAUUCAAAUACACUGGGUAGACAUGAGGCACUAUGGACACACCCCAGACUCCUUAGUUGGUCUCAGAGCAAGAGCUUCACCAUUCAGUGAGAACAGGAUAAGGAUCUGGUGGGUUGUUCGUCUCUCCACCUGGACCACUCCCCAUCUCCUUGGAUCAGGGCUUGUAAAGUGCGGUGAUGCGAUGUGCAUACAAGGUGCUGUGAUGGGAUUCAUGUCUUGAGUGGGUUUACACAGAGCUGAAAGGAGCUUGAUCAGCCUUGGGUUGGUUUUAUAGGUUAGCUGAGGAGCGCCCUCGUACAUGCGAAAGGAGGGGUGACACUGCUGAUGCGGUACAAUGGUGUAUUGAUAUUAACAUGAUUACGACUUGGAACAAGAGUCGAUCUUUCGAGUUCAUUCAUUGUAUCUGAUACUUGUUGCUAGGUUAUAUAUGUAGUAUUGCCAUCUACUGUCGUAAGAAAGCUAUGCCUCU